UUGAAACUCCCAGAACAAUGGGCGACACCACCUUUCCCCGCCCCAGUCAAGAGCUGGCAUGCAGAUGCCUACCCAGCCAUUGACCCUUCUCGCCCUGAACUCUCUCUAAAAGGUAGAUCCGUGGUCGUCUCAGGCGGCGGUGGCACGAUCGGCUUCGCAACGGUCAGGGCCCUCGGGACAGCUGGAGCCGGCCACCUCGGUAUAGCUAGACGCACUCCAAAGACACUGAACGAGACAACUUCGAAACUCAAAGGCCAAGACCCGGGCACGAAACCCGUCGCUGUCACGGGGGAUAUCUCUUCCUUCUCAAGCUUAGAGUACGCGUUCAAGCAGAUUCGUCAACAAGCGGACAACCCAGUCGAUAUCCUCGUCCACAACGACGGCCACCUCGCUUCACUGGGCCCAAUAGCAUCCACGGAACCCGAAUAGUGGUGGACCUCCUUCGAAGUCAGCAGUCUUGGGCCCCUCGAUUCUAUUCGCGCAUUACUGGCCCUGGCUCUC